AUGUCUCAGAAAAAAGUGCAACUGAAAUGCGAUAUAUGCGGUGACAAUGCAGUCGGGCGAAAUUUCGGAGCCAUAACCUGCGAGUCCUGUAAAGUGUUCUUCAGGAGGGCUAAUCUCAAGAACAGGGAAUUGAUUCAGAGAACGGGUCCCAAAAAACGUGGAAAAGUAGCAAAUAAUAAGAAAAAGGUAUUAAAUACUGAUAACACUGUCGAUGACACGAGUGUUGACACAAACACUGGUGGGAUACUCGAGUAUUUCAGAGAUAACACCGUUUUAGAUAACAUCUUUGACAGCAAUGAUGAGAUACACGUGAAUCAGAUAAUAAGUACAUUUGAAAACAAUAUGACAGACAAUGAAUCGGAAACAAUGUUUGAGUCGGAGGUGCAGUUAUCACUGAAACCAGUGUUCAAACAAAUAACAGAUUACAAGAGUUUCAAUGACUUGGAGUCCAAGCGAUUGUCGGAAUUGUUUAACGCCUGCAAUGUCUUCACGUAUAAGUCGUUUUGUACUAUAAAUCGCAUCGAAAUCACAGAUAUAUUGGAGUUGUAUCGAGCGUGGGGUGACAAAAUGGACCAGGAUAUGGUGGACCUGGUUAAGUUCACUAAGACUUUGAGUACGUUUGGUGACAUAUGCCUUAAUGAUCAAUUGGCGCUUAUUAAGUAUGGAUGUCUUGAGUAUGAGAAGCGAAACAUGUAUACUGUGUAUAAGGCAUACAUCAACAAGAUCAUACCACAAUGGAACCAGGAUUUCAUUAUUUUAGAUUUGUUGACAGCAAUAUUACUGUUUAACCCAAACCGACCUAAUCUGAUGCACAAUGAAGUGAUUAAAGCUGAACAGCAAUUAUACAUAUAUUUACUCCAACGCUAUCUAAUACAACAGAAUCGAUACGAAUGGGAAUCGCAAUCAAAACUCCAACAACUGAUGAAUAUAUUAAUGGAUUUACAGAUUAUAAGUGAUAUCGAGAAACAAAACGGCAUACCUAAUUAUCUCAUCGACAUUGGCGUACGAUAUGGGAUAACGGAUCGCACGAGCGAUCAGAUCAGGUCUUAUGUCCUCGUUUCGGCACAUUUCGAGAAAAUACGGCCUAAUCUGAACCACCAGUCGGGCAGCCAUAGAGGCUGUGGUGAUAACAGACAAACGGAUCCAAUGGUGAGAUCUUCAGGUUGUGUCCAUAGCCUCGAAACGGGAAUAAUUCCCGCGGAAUGA